AUGGUCAACUUCUCCGCAGAACGCUUCUCGCCGAAGCGCCUUUCGCCCAAGCGCAUCAAGGCCAAGAUCGAGCCUCAGCUGCACUGGCAGGUCCCUAUGGAAAAGGGCGUCUACCAAGAUGCUCGCUGGUCCAACCCAGAUCUCGACCCUAUCAAACCUGAAGAUCGUACCUGGGGUGCCUUGGAUUAUUGGGCAUAUUGGACCAGCGAUAUGCUUGCGCCUCCACUGGCAUCCACAGUGUCGUCUGUCAUGAGCUUGGGAUUUACUGCCCGCGAAACGAUCCCCAUCGUCUUUUGUGGCUUCGCUCUUUGCUCGGGAGCAUUGACCCUUACUGGAAAGAUGGGUGCCCGAUAUAGCAUCCCCUUCCCAGUGCUGGUGCGCUCUAUCUUCGGAAUGUAUGGGAGUUAUCCAGUCAUCGUUCUGCGGUCAUUCGUGGCGGCCAUGUGGACCGCAAUUCUGUGUGUCCAGGCGGGUGACUUUCUCAACAACUGUCUCACGGCGAUCUGGCCGAGCUUUGCCAACUUUCCCAAUCAUUUGCCUGAGAGUGCUGGCAUCACUUCAGCUGGACUCCUCUGCUUUUUCAUUUACUGGAUCUUCCAAACGAUCCUAGCCUGCAUGCCCAUCAAGAAGCUGCGAAUCCUUUUCCUGAUCAAGGGUAUCGUCGUUCCUCCGACCUUCCUCGCCCUGUUCUUGUGGGCCGCCAUUGUCACAAAAGGAGGUGGGCCACUGGUGACCGGACAUGCCGAAAUCACUUCGACAUACAUGAACACAGCAUAUUCCGCUCUGACCGGGUUGAACGCCAUCAUCGGCCUCUUCAGCUCCAUGGCGGUCAACUUCCCGGAUUUCAGUCGAUUCUCCAAGAACAACCUGAAGGGAUACAACCAAUUCUUUGCAUUGCCCGUCAUCGGAACGCUGGGCGCCUUGACCCCGAUCUUUGUCACUUCAGCCCACAGUUACCUGUGGGGAGAAUUCCAGUGGUAUAUGCCGGCUGUGAUUGCCAAGUUCGACUCCCGCGCCGCCAAGUUCUUCACGGCCUUCAGUUUCAUGCUGGCCACAAUUGGUAACCAGAUCGCGGCUGGGACGUAUCCGUUUUCCAACGAUAUCUCUGGUCUUUGUCCCAAGUACAUCAACAUCUUCCGCGCCACCUUGAUCAUCUCGGUAUUCUGUGUCGUGUCGAACCCAUGGCAGAUCAUCAAAAACGCAUCCGGCUUGCUGGCCUUCCUGUCCGGCUACAGCAUGUUCAUGGGUGCCAUUUGCGGCACCAUGUGUAGCCACUACUACCUCAUUGUGCACAAGAAGCUUAACAUCCACGAGAUGUACAACGGCCAUGGCAUUUACCGAUACUCCAAGGUCGGCAUCAACUGGAGGGCUUACGCGUCCUUCUUCACGGCGGUGGCACCGCUGCUGCCGGGUUUCUGCAAGAGCAUUGACACAAACCUCAAUGUCGGAGGUGCCUGGAAGAUCUAUACCUUUUCCUGCAUCUAUGGCUUCACCACUUCCAGCCUUGUCUACUACCUCAUCUGCACUUAUGUUUCGGACGUGGGUGCUGCGAAGAUUGAUGAGGCGGUCUAUCCACCAUCAAAAUCGCAGAAUACAGACGUCGAAGUUGGAGUCGCUCCAUCGGAGGAAGAUUCGAUCGAGGAGAAGGCCGGUGUUGCGGUAGCCAUCGGAGCAAAGGAAUUUGACUCUCAGUAG